GGCGGCGGUGGUCCUGCGGGCGGCCAUGAGCGCGUUCGGGGCCGCGGCGUUGCCGUCCGGAUCCUCGGCCGCUGCUGGGACUCGAAGCGGCAGCAGCGACAGCCUGGAGAAGAUCGACAUGUCCUUGGAUGAUAUAAUUAAACUGAACAAGAAAGAAGAGAGGAAGCAGUAUUCCCCCAAAAUGAAGAGAGGACUCCAGCAGAAUCGAACUCAGCAAUUCAGGACACCAGGCUCCAAGUGGGGGAUCCAACAACAGAAAGGUUAUGGUAAAAAUCAUUUGGGACACAGAAAGAAGAUUGUAGGGAAGAAGCGUCCUUAUGGAGUUAUAACUGGCUUGGCAGCCAAGAAAGCAAUGGGUUCACACAAAGGAAUUAGUCCUCUGAACAGGCAGCCACUUAGUGAGAAGAACACACAGCGGAAUUAUCCCGUCCUGAAAAAGAAACCGAACUUGCGAAGGCAAACUGAAAUGCAGAGAAAACAAAUUCCAACCCUCAGGAGACCUGCCCCGCUAAGCAGGAGGAAUAACAUGCCAUCUGCUUUUGCCAGAAUUGGAAACAAACUAAAUCAGCAGAAAGACACUCGUCAAGCAACUUUCCUGUUUCGAAGAGGGUUGAAGGUGCAGGCCCAAGUGCAGCCAACAGAAGAUCUUGAUACUCAGACAGCAAAGAGAACUCGUCAAUGGCGAACUUCUACCACAAGUGGAGGGAUUCUGACUGUGUCCAUUGAGAACCCAGGAGCAAUCAUAAGCCCAAUUUCCCAGAAAUUGCGAUUAACUCGUACUCCUGUGCCCCCGUUUCUGAUGAAGAGGGACCAAUCUGAAGAGAAGAAGAUUCCCAAAGGGGUUCCGUUGCAGUUUGAUAUUAAUAGUGUUGGAAAGCAGACAGGGAUGACACUGAACGAACGUUUUGGGAUCCUGAAGGAACAAAGAACAGCGCUGUCUCAGAACAAAGGGAGCCGUUUCGUAACAGUGGGCUAACCUGACCAAUGGACGAGCACUGAUCCCACCUGUCUAAGAAAGUGAGAUAAAAGUGGGCAGCAGAAUGCAUAAGUCACUGAAAUUCUCCAGACUUCUUGCUAAGGUGGUGUCAGAAAUAGCUAUCUUUAUUACUUCCACUUUGAACAGUAAAGACAUUUUGCCCUGAAAGGAGGGAAGAGUGUGGGAACUGUUCUGCUAAAGUGACACCAUUACCCGGUUGGAACAGGUUCUGUUGCCCAGAUGUUGACAAACACUGAUUUUGGUUCAUCUUGCAAUCAAUAUAUAAACAUGAAGUUAAAAGCUUUUUUUGUUUGUUUAAAAGUACUCAGUAUCUGUUCUUUGACACCUUGUUAUAAGUAAAGAUUGUGUCAGUGUUUCAUUACAACUACCAUUUUAUGGUGUUGGGGUCUGCCUACAAACGUUCCUCUGGACUGAAGUUUGGCACAGAGCCUCGGUCCGUGAAUACUUUGGUAGUGAUGUAGCAACAUUUUUCAUGGGAGCAUUGGUUGUACUUCUUUGUGCUUUUGAAGUUCAACUUUUUUUCUUUUCUUUCUUGAAGACUUAAGGUUUUGCAUCCUCUUUUUCACAAAUAAAGCUGUUAGUUGAGACCCGUGAUAUUAAAUCGGGAUGGAGACCAUUCUACUCUUAUCCUUUAAAAGUGGUCCAGGUCACUUCAGAAGAAUACUGCUCAGGCAAUGUGAAAGCAACUUAUACUACAAAUAUCUGGGCAACUUUAGCAUCAUCUGCAGAUAGAGUAUGUCUUGUCUCCUAUCUUUUUCCUUGAGCAACUGCUUACUAUUUUCUUUUGUAAGUGUUGUUUUUUUCCUCAAACUGAAGGCAAUAACCUUACAUUUUUAAGUAAUUUCAUAGGAAUAAAUGUAACAGUUCACAAGAAGGUCAGUGGUAUGGUAGAGUUCCUUACCCCCUAGUUACAGGAUCCUUAUCUUGCAAACCUUGCCCUGAAGGCUUUUCUCUGCUUUGUGCAAAUGGCCAGAAGCAUGCAAUCCAAUGGCACCUGUUUGUAUAUACCAAAGAGAGGUGAGAUGUAAGGCUCAGUAGUGGUCAGGCAUCUUGAAGCUGGCUGAAGGUGGGGAAUGUUGCUGGGAGAAAGCCCGCAGUCCAGCAGUGUAGGUGAGGCAUUAAAGCAGGAGCACGUGGACACUUACGUGAGGCUUGGCUUUGUGUGUCUGAAUUUGCAGGAUGGUAACAACUGAGUCAUUGCCAGUAUUGGUUUGUAUCAUCCCUAAAGAUGGGGGACCUGUUCAGAAUGAACAUACAGAUAAAGCUGCUUCCAGCCCAGGUUCUGAUCGACUGAACCUUGUUCUACAGCAAUGCAAUUGAGGUACAGCCAGGUGAAGGAAUGGUCAGCUUGCUGCAUCCAUCAACAUUUAUGGUGUUUGGAGUGGUUUUAAUUCUUUUUAUUUUUCUUGAAGAGUUUACACUGAACUUCUUACAAAACCAGUUUCCUUGUGUUUUUAUCUCAAGUUCGUUGUUCACUCAUGUUUACUGGAGACUUCAGUGUUUGAAAGCGUUUUUAAGUGUUGACUGUAGAAGAGCUUUCAUCAUGCAGCAAUUUUAAGUCAGAAUGCAUCCUCGAUGCUAUAUAGUACUUAAACCCUUAUUUUUGAUGUUGACAAAUACACCUUAGCAGAAACAAA